AGUCUGUCCUUGUGACCGUCUUCAACAACAGCUAUCCAGGCCCUCCAAUGAGGCUGCGCGUUGGCGAGAGUGAGUUGCCGCCACGCAAAAACUCUCCGUAGAUGGUAGAUGAAUGAGCAAUAUCCGCUGAUCCUGUCCCUGCCACGUCGCAGCCGCCCUUGUCAACGUGACCAACGCCAUGACGGACCACAACACUACGGUGCACUACCACGGUCUCAGCCAGAAAAUGACGCCAUAUGCCGACGGGACUGUCAUCUCUCAGUGGCCGAUCGCGCCUGGCAAAUGGUUCGAAUACCAAAUCAAGCCAACCCAGGAGGACGUUGGAUCGCGCUACUACCAUGCUCACGUCGGCCUGCAGGCCAUGAGUGCUUCCGGUCCUCUCAUCAUCGAAGACGACAACCCUCCGUUCGAGUUCGACGAGGAGCGCACCGUCAUGAUCGCAGAUUGGUACAACAAGACCGAGGACGUCAUGACCAAGGGGCUGCUUGCCAAUCCUUUCGUCUGGCUUGGCAGCGCUAACCAUGUCGUCGUCAACGGUAAGGCAUACACAGGCGAAGCCGGCUGGACCGAUCCUCCGCACGUCAUCGACGUCGACUACGGCAAAACGUACCUGCUCCGAUGGAUCGGCGCGCAGGGCACUAUGUAUUACUCUGUUGCCAUUCUUGGCCACAACCAGAGGCUCGUUGAGGCAGACGGCACCUAUCUUCGGCCCCUUGGUGUCCAGACCCUCGAGUUCGGCGCUGGCCAGCGGUACGGCACGCUCCUCAAGACCAAGUCUGCGGCAGACAUCGACAGGGACAAGAAGAAUGGCUGCUACUGGGUGCGCUUGGAGGCUCAGUGGAGAAAGCCAUCGACGCACGGCUGGGCAUUGCUGCGGUAUCCUAGUUGCAAAGUCACGACUGCACGUCCGCCCACAGUCAACAACUCAGAGACCCUGCUGCCCGUCGCCAACUUUGGGUGGGUGCAGAGCGAGCUGGCCGUCCAUCCCAAAUCCAACAUUCGUGCGAUGCCUAGCGAUGCCGAAGUGACCAGGCGCCAGAUCAUUAGCAUCCAGCAAGAUCACACUUUCCCCGGCAGCUUGGGUGACGUCUGGCGCCAGAAUCAUUACGUAUACAACGAGGAGACUACCACGCGGGUACCUUACUUGAUCCAGCUCUACCUCAACAUGACCGAGAAGCCCAGCUAUACUCGCGCCAUGAACAACAGCAGCGCCACAGGCUGGGACGAGCUCAGCAAGACAUACGUCGCCAAGCAAGGCGAAGUCCUCGACAUUGUCCUGAUCAAUCGCCCGUCGUUGCUCUCGAGGCAAGUAGAGAUCCACCCCAUGCAUUUCCACUCAUCCAAAGCAUGGCACCUCGCCAGUGGCCAUGGCAACUUCAGCGACAAAGCCCUAGCUGCGGCCCGCAGGAGUGGCUACAAGAAUCCUGUACCCCGUGACACCUUCAACAUCUGGCCCGAGCCCGGCAGCUCGCUGAAUGCUACCGACAUCCUUCCUACCGGUGGAGCAGGAGGAUGGACAGUGCUCCGUUACGAGGUCACAGCGGAGGAAAGUGGCGUGUGGCCGCUGCACUGCCAUAUUUUGGCACAUCAGGUCAUGGGUAUGAGCUCGACCUUCGCCUUCGAUGUCGACGGACUGGCGUCGAGGAUGGAUGGGCACGAUCCCAACUAUCUCAUCUACGGGAAGAAUGUUAUGAGUCCGUUGAGCUUCAAGGAGCUUGGGGUCAACAAUGUCACAGCUGGCGCAAGUUGAAGAGUCGAAGUCGUUGCAGACGGAUCCCGCAGAGGCGAAGCCCAGAGGCGAAGCGCAAAGUCACAUCCCCUACGAUUGAUGAAUGAUUUGGCAAGCUUUCUGAUUCUUUGUAUAUAGAUUCGACCAUACAUAUGCGAUACCUCAGAAUACCAUCGGCCGUUCGUUUUCUCCCUCGUCGCUGGUCCCGGUGAGCUCCCCUUCGCCGUCCACGCAUCUCCGUCGACGUUCUCCAGUCUAGGCGAGCACGAGCCACCUCGCUCCGUCGAGCUUGGUCCUGGAGA